AUGGUUUGUACAACGUAUGCUACAUUUAAAGAAGGAAUUUUCAUACAUUGGAUUGGCAUGCAACCAUUGAUUAAUCUCUAUAAACCUGAAUUUUUAGAGAUUAUUUUGCCCAGCACUGUAAAUAUCGAGAAAGGCCAACCCUAUGAAAUGCUUCAUUCUUGGUUAGGCAAAGGACUUCUCACUUCUACAGGAAAACAAUGGUUCCAUGAUAGAAAACUCAUAGGACCAACGUUCCAUUUUAGUAUAUUAGAUCAAUUUGCCAUUGUAAUGUCUGAAAAAGCAGAGAUCCUGACAAAAUGUCUCGAAAGGGAAAUAGCAAAGAAUCCAGAAAAAGCUAUCAAUAUUUUUCCAUUACUAACAAUGUUGCUCUCGAUGUUAUAUGUGAAACGGCAAUGGGCGGGGACGUACGUGCUCAAGAAGUUUGAAACCAAAUAUACCAAAACAAUACUAG